AACAUCGAGGCCUGUGUGACCACUCUCUAGAAUCUUUAAGCUCCAGAAUCACGGAGCGGAAGCUGCAGGGCACAUGGCUGCCUGCUGGCCGAGGGAAUCUGGAGAAACCACUCCUGGGGCCACGCGGCUCUGUGGUGCCCAUGUUCAGCACUCAGAAUGGUCUUCACUCCGUCCAUGCUGACAGUAGUACCCUAAAGCCCAGGGUGGUGACCGUGGUGAAGCUGGGUGGGCACCCCCUCCGGAAGAUCACUCUGCUCCUCAACAGACGGUCCGUGCAGAGCUUUGAGCAGCUCUUGGCGGACAUCUCUGAGGCCCUGGGCUUUCCCAGAUGGAAGAACGAUCGCGUGAGAAAACUCUUCAACCUCAAGGGCAGGGAGAUCAGGAGUGUCUCUGAUUUCUUCCGGGAAGGGGACGCUUUCAUAGCCAUGGGCAAAGAACCGUUGACGCUGAAGAACAUUCAGGUAGCUAUAGAAGAACUGUACCCCAGCAAAGCCCGGGCCCUGACACUGACCCAGCACAGCCGAGCCCCUUCUCCCAGGCUGAGAAACAGGCUUCAUAGCAGGGCCCUGAGAGGGGGACACCACUGUGGGGAGACCGAGGCUGCCAAGAGCUGCGGUGAGGCUUCCCGGUCCAAGGCAGCCAUCAGUCAUCAGGGAAAGGCCCCCGUGGAGCCAGCGCUGGGGGACAGGGCCAGGCCCCAGAAGAAGUGGGUCGGGGGGAAGUGGGAGCCUGAACCGGGCAGCAGGCCGCCCAGGGAAGCCACUCUGGAGAGACCUGCGAGCGGAGAGAAGCACCUGGGCGUGGAGAUCGAAAGGACCUCGGGUGAGCUCAUCCGAUGUGAGAAGUGCAAGAGAGAGAGGGAGCUCCAGCAGGGCCUGCAGAGGGAGCGGCUGUCCCUGGGGACCAGUGAGCUGGACUUGGGCAAGUGCCACAGGUAUGACGCAGCGGAGAAGCUGGUGAGGACCAGGAGCUGCAGGCGGUCCCCCGAGGCCCACCGUGCAGGCGGGGAGGAAGCGUGGAAGGGCGAGAGCCACAGGAGCAGCCCCAGGAACCCCACUCAGGAGCUGAGGAGGCCCGGGAAAAACCCGGACAAGAAGGAGGACAGAGACCCCGAAGGUCAGGAAGGUCAAGCUCAGGCAGCCGCCAAGGCCAAGAGGGAGCUCGGCGAAGCCCAGCCCGUCAGAGAGGAGGGGCUGCGGGACGUGAGGAGGGAGGCCAGGAGCGCCUGCAGGAACAGGCCAGGCGGCCGGCAGCCCAGGGAGCAGCAGACGGAGCCCGAGGCACUCCCGGGGCCGCGCGGGGGCGAGCAGGACGCGGACCGGGAGAAGCAGCCCUGUACGCCGGCGUCAGGGGCCAGAAAACCGGCCGCUCGCGGGGAGAGGGAGCCCAGGGGCGGUCGGAAGCGGCGGCCCGCGGGCCUCCUGGCGACCGACGUGCACAAGCACUACGAGGCGGGCCGCGUGCUCGGGGACGGCAACUUCGCGGUGGUCAAGGAGUGCCGGCACCGCGAGACCCGGCAGGCCUACGCCAUGAAGAUCAUCGACAAGUCCAAGCUCAAGGGCAAGGAGGACAUGGUGGACAGCGAGAUCCUGAUCAUCCAGAGCCUCUCCCACCCCAACAUCGUGAAGCUGCACGAGGUGUACGAGACGGAGGCGGAAAUCUACCUGAUCAUGGAGUACGUGCAGGGUGGGGACCUCUUCGACGCCAUCAUGGAGAGCGUGAAGUUCGCCGAGCGCGACGCCGCGCUCAUGCUCAUGGACUUGUGCAGGGCGCUGGUGCACCUGCACGACAAGAGCAUCGUCCACCGGGACCUCAAGCCGGAAAACCUGCUG